AUGGAUUUAAUUCACAAGUUCUUGAACAUUGUAUUUCCACUGAUAUCACUGAUAACUAUACCUCCAUUUUUGGUGUUCAAAUCUAUAAAUUUCAUUGUGAAAUGGGUAUGCAGCGAAACCGAGAAUGUGGCCGGAAAGGUUGUUCUCAUCACCGGAGCAUCUUCUGGCAUUGGAGAGCAUCUUGCUUAUGAGUAUGCCAAAAAAGGAGCUUGUUUAGCCUUGGUCGCCAGAAGAGAGGACUGUCUCCAGGUGGUUGCCGGGAAGGCCCAGGAGCUUGGCUCUCCUGAUGUGAUCAGUAUCCGUGGAGAUGUUUCAGAGGUUGAUGAUUGUAGAAUAUUUGUUGCUGAAGCAAUGAACCACUUUGGAAGAUGUGUAAAAAAAAUGGGUUUCUUCUACGAUUUGAACCAUACGAUUCCAAUGCUUGAUGACUUCAAUGCAACAGUGGAUCAUCUGGUGAACAAUGCUGGGAUAGCUCCAGUCUGUAUGUUUGAAGAUUACGCAGAUGUCACUAAUCAUGCUUCAGUUAUGAACAUAAACUUUUGGGGUUCAGUUUAUAGUACCCACUUUGCAAUUCCACACCUAAGAAAGAGCAAAGGGAAGAUCAUUGUGAUUUCUUCAUGUGCUGGAUGGUUACCCACUCCAAGGCUAAGCUUAUACAGUGCAAGCAAGGGAGCUCUAAUAAGCUUCUAUGAGACACUCAGAACUGAGGUUGGUUCAGAUAUUGGGAUAACAAUUGUGACUCCUGGGUUGAUUGAAUCAGAAAUUACACAAGACGAGUUUCUAACAAAGGCUAAACUGAAAAUCAUCCCAAGGUUGUCGACAGAAAGGUGUGCUGAGGCAAUUUUGAACAGCACAUGCCGCGGAGAGAGGUACUUGACAGAGCCGGCUUGGACCAGAGUCAUGAUGUUAUGGAGAUUGUUGUGUCCUGAGGUACACGAUGGGUGUAACCACUUCUUCUUGAUCGAUAGGCCAAACCAUGAAAGAAUGAUGCAAAACAACAGGAUCCAGGAUCAAAGUGCAGAAAGGAACUACGUCAACCGGACUUCAGUUGUCUCUCUCGAGUUCAAGGCAGACUAA